UGGCGGCCUUCAAUGCCGUGGUGUUUGGCUGUGGGCGGUUGCUCCGGGGGCUCCUGGAGGUCCCGGCCGCGACCAGGCCUCUGCCUCCAGUUCGCAGGCUCCGGGAAGCCCCUGCAGUUAUGUGAAUCAGGAGACGCCUGACCCACAGACUUGGGAUGUUCCGGCCUCUACAACCUUUGGUGGAGAUCCAAGAAGGGAAUACGACUAUAAUCAAAGGCCACAUCACAGGGGGGACUCCCAAGGAAAGUCCAAAUCCCCCUAACCCCUCCGGCCAGUGCCCCAUCUGUCGUUGGAACCUGAAGCACAAGUAUAGCUAUGAGGAUGUCCUGCUGCUUAGUCAGUUCAUCCGGCCUCAUGGAGGCAUGCUGCCCCGAAGGAUCACGGGCCUAUGCCAGGAAGAGCAUCGCAAGAUUGAGGAGUGUGUGAAGAUGGCCCACCGGGCAGGUCUGCUCCCAAAUCACAGGCCUCGGCUUCCUGAAGGGUUUGUUCCCAAGAACAAACCGCAGCUUAACCGGUACCUGACCCGCUGGUCUCGCACCUCUGUCAAGCCCAUCUACAAUAAAGGCCACCGCUGGAACAAAGUACGCAUGGCUGUGGGGUCACCCCUGCUGAAGGACAAUGUCUCCUACUCAAGAAAACCUUUAGUGUUCUAUCAUUGACUGAGAGCUGACUUCCUGAGGACCUAGCCAGGGCCCUGCAAGUGCCUCUACUGGAGUAGGGCAGCUCUCAGCCUGAACCGUACUUCUUGCCUACCCCAGCAGGGUGGCCUCCCUCCAGCAAGACUGGAGGCAUUCUUCCCCUUGGCCUGCCCAGCAGCAGUGCUGGAAGAUACAGCUGGGCAGGCCGUGGGCCCCUUGGCAGCUGCCGUCUUAUCAUGACGGGCUUGGGCCAUGGUCAGGGCUGGGGGACAGUUUUGCCUGAGGAAUGUCAUAAACCAGGCUCAUGUGCUUACCCA